UUUAGUGCGUCGGACUCAUUCAGGAAACGCGUCCCAGCUGUGACCUGCUCACUUCACAACCUGUUAAAUGGAUAAAUAGCAGAAAAGAAGAGUCAUGUUUAACCUGAGGACGUUGCAGAAAAACAAAACUGUCAAAUAUGGAGUCCCGAUGCUUUUGCUGGUUGUUGGAGGUUCCUUUGGCCUAAGAGAGUUUACGCAAAUUCGCUACGAUGCCCAGAGGAUAAAAAAAAAGCUGGAUCCUGCACUGGAGGCCAAAGUGAACAUCCAGAGGCAGCCAAACAUACUGGAGGAAGAGUAUGAGAAGUUGAAAGAGGUGAAUUUGGAUGAGUGGAAGAACAUUCGUGGUCCUCGGCCCUGGGAGAACUCCAGGGACUACCAGGAUCAGCAGCGCAGCAGGAAGAACAAACAGGACUGAGGCCUAAGGACACCAGACUGCACACACUGCAGCAAGACAGACUGAAACAGAAAAGACUGGACUGAGUCUGUUACAAAGCUGCCACCGAGACCCAAUUAUGCCAGGUCCCGGAACUUGAAGGCUCAACUUGUUUGGCUUUGGCUUGUGUUGGACUCUGUGUGUUUGGGGUGUUUCUUAGUUCUCACACAUUAAUUUCCACUUGUGGUCAAAAAUGUACAAUAGAAAUGUAAAAAAGUUCUCACCUAUUUUAUCAACAGAAGCAUGAAAAACUCAAACGCUUUGAAGUUUUCUGCAGCAGUUUGUAAAUUAACCAGCAGGUGGCGUAUCUAGGCACUGUUGCAUCAUCCCUUCACACAAAAGGGAUGAAAGGAAAUGUGUAUCAUUAUAUGAUAUCCAUGUUUUAAUAAAUGAUGUGCUUUUGAGCUGUUA